GGUGGCGUAGGGGGACACUAUGGAGACCCUCGACAACACUGAAUGGGAUGUAGUCAUCUCCGGCACAGGCUUGCCGCAGUCUCUACUCGCCCUCGCGCUAUCACGUUCCGGCAAGAAAGUACUCCACAUUGACCACAAUGACUAUUAUGGUGGGGACGAGGCGGCGUUCUCGUUGACCGAAGCGGAAGGAUGGGCGCGAAAACACAGUAACAGCACAUCUGAGCAAUCCGUCUUCAGUAAGGCUGCCGUCAGGACCUUGGAAGUCAACGAUGCGGUGAAGUCCAAGCUGGGAACCCCACGAGCAUACUCUUUCGCGCUUGCGCCUCAGCUCAUUUACACUCGAUCGAACCUGCUGCAGGCUCUGGUCUCCUCCCGUACCCACAGCCAGCUCGACUUCCAAGCCGUCGGCUCAUGGUUCGCCGUCGUCAACGAUCAGAACGACCCAGAUGCUGCCCCACGCCUUAUACGCGUCCCGAGCGGAAGAGAAGACGUCUUCCGGGACGCCACGCUCGACCUUCGCGCCAAGCGUUCGUUGAUGCGCUUCAUCCGCUUCGUCGGCAGCUACGAUGAGGAUGGCGAGCGCGAGAAGUGGGUCCAGUUCAGAGAGCAGCCUGUCCAUUCAUGCCUAAGGGACCAAUUCAGCCUGCCAGACGCUGCGAUAGAAGCUUUACUAGCCCUAGCUUUACCGCCGUAUGCGAAUAUCGAACCGACUAUGGCGACUGUCGUACCGCGCGUCAGACAGCAUUUACAGAGCAUCGGCGUGUUUGGUGCAGGCUUUGCAGCAGUCUUGCCGAAGUGGGGCGGCCUGGCGGAGAUAGCACAGGUUGCUUGCCGUGCGUGCGCUGUAGGCGGCGGGGUGUAUGUGCUUGGUAAAGGCAUUACAAAUGCUACCAAGUCUGAAGUUGGAGUGACUUUGGAGCUCAGUCCUGGUGAGAAGAUCAAGACCCAGUGGUUGGUCGGCUGCUCCAAAGACCUCCCAACAUCAGGGUCUUACACGUCCGACCUGAAGGACAAUAGUGGUGCCAUCGCGAAAAGAGUGGCAGUAAUUUCAUCACCACUAACGUCGCUCUUUCCGCCAACAUCCGAGGGCGGUCCACUACCUGCGGGCGCGGUGGUUGUCGCAAAAAGCGCAACUUCACCUCGCGCUACCGUGCAGAUUCUGGCCCAUUCAAGCGAGUCCGGAGAGUGUCCUACAGGUCAAUGUGUUCUCUACGCUACAUCCACUGGCUCCGACGGAUUGGAUGUCAUUGACGAAGCGAUAAGCUCACUGCUUCGGAGUAUUGGUGAAGAGCCAGUCCCGGAUAUCCUCUGGCGGAUGGAUUAUGUGCAAACUUCGCAUGACCAGAGUGACAAUGGUCUCUCGGUCGAUGGACCGAUAGUCACUUUGCCGUCCUUGUCGAUUGACGCAGUAUAUGAGGACAAGUUACUGAACAGCACUAAGGAAGUGUGGCAGAUGAUCACUGGAGGGAGCGAGGGAGCCUUUAUGAAAUUUGAGCCGCGGGAAGGCAUUGAUGAAGAUGAAGCAGAUGAUGGGUAGUGGCGGG